AUGGAAGCGACGACUAUGCUUCUUCUGUUCACCCUCCUCCUCGCCGGGCAACGAGGCUGCACCUGCACGGCCUCUGUUGUUGCCGGUGAAGGCGGGUUCAGCGUGGACUUCAUCCACCACGACUCCGCCAGUCGCUGCUCCGCCUCCCCUCAUUGUCCCUCGCAUGCUCACACAGCGCUGCGGGUGGCCAGCGCCGCUCGCCUCGCUCGGCGAGGUGCUCGGCGCUCUUCUGGCUGGCGCGUCUCCAGCGGCCAGCUUGCCCGUGUCCGUGGCCGACGGCGGCGUCGAGUCCAAGAUCAUCACCAGAACGGAACCACAGAUCAGGUGGAGAAGAUUGUCAAAACCCUGAAUGAAGGACAGGUUCCCCCUUCAGAUGUUGUUGAGGUCGUUGUUAGCCCUCCUUAUGUCUUCCUUCCUGUGGUCAAGAGCCUGCUGCGCCCAGAGUUCCAAGUUGCUGCUCAGAACUGCUGGGUGAAGAAGGGAGGUGCUUUCACUGGUGAAGUCAGUGCUGAGAUGCUCGCGAACCUUGGUGUUCCCUGGGUCAUUCUUGGACACUCUGAAAGGAGAGCUCUGCUGGGAGAAUCGAAUGAGUUUGUUGGAGACAAGGUUGCUUAUGCCCUGUCUCAGGGACUGAAGGUCAUUGCAUGCGUUGGUGAGACCCUUGAGCAGAGGGAGGCUGGGUCAACCAUGGAAGUUGUUGCUGCACAAACAAAAGCAAUUGCUGAGAAGAUCAAUGACUGGAGCAACGUAGUUAUUGCCUAUGAACCAGUCUGGGCCAUUGGAACUGGUAAAGUUGCCACCCCAGCUCAGGCUCAGGAAGUGCACGCGUCCCUGAGGGACUGGCUAAAGACCAACGUCAGCCCUGAGGUUGCUGAAUCUACAAGGAUCAUCUACGGAGGUUCUGUAACUGCUGCGAACUGCAAAGAGCUGGCAGCGAAGCCUGAUGUGGAUGGUUUCCUUGUCGGUGGAGCUUCUUUGAAGCCUGAGUUCAUCGAUAUCAUCAACGCGGCCACUGUGAAGUCCGCUUAA